AUGAAGACUGUGAACGAUUCAGGUGUCAACGGCAGCUAUUGGACCGCGAGCAAGCGCAAACCCGCAUACGAUACGAGUGACGAGUUUGAGGAGUCAAGGCCGGGGAAACCGGUCGUUAAGCGACUUCGGUCAGAGGGCAAUAUCGAGGCCCUUGCCGAUCAGGCCAUGGAGGAGUUUACGCUUCUGGCUUCUGUACCGCUCGUCGAGAGGCUGAAGUCUGGCCGACAGAUUGAUGGUCCCCAGGACAAAACAUUUUUCUGGGAGGGACAGAACAUGGGAACUUGGCAUCUCGACUACCCAGAAAUGACCGAGUUACAGCGACAAGUAUUCACGCAAGCGGCCGAGAGUCGCAAGGAGGUGUUUGCGCCAGGCAAAUCAGGUCUCUGGGAUCUGGCCAUGAAAUACUUCCCUCCUCAUCAGGGUGGUCUCGGGGACACAGAGCAGCCAGUACUUCUGAGCCCUGACGACAGGCCGCGCACCCUGCAACGCGAUGUGAGGACCAUGGCGGAACUCAGAGAAGCGAGCGCUCCGCCGCCGACAGCGCCGCCACCGGAAGAGGAUGAUCUGCCAGACACGCUACCUCCCGAGACCCAACGAAUUGUGCCCAUCGUCGAUGACGAGGUGCCCAAGCGUGCGUUGGCGGUGCUAGAAUCCUCGCCUGGCUCUGUGGUGUCUGGCAUCUCUGUUCCCGUACGAAACACAUUUGUGUCCUGGGGCAGGGGGCCUGAAAAUACAGCCGUGUAUACGCCAAAGACCGAACUUCGGGUUCCGAAAUAUGCCGUCAAGAUACUGCUGUGGACAGAAGAGCUUGAGCCAACCAAACGGCAGGCCAGCAAGACUGUACAUCCCUGGGACAGACAAGACGUGGACCCUACCAAGUAUGGAUUUUACCUUUCGACGAAAGCGACCAUCGGCAUCCACGUCAACGGCUGUCACCUCCCGUCACCGCGACCAGGAUCAUCUUCGCUGCACUGGAUUCAACUACACGACGGUGACGAGAUUGUUGUCUGGGGCACAAUGGACAAUCCUGAGAAGACAAAGCUGAUCUUCCGCUGCUUCUGGAGCGCUUCGUCACAGCCGCGCACGACCCCCGGCCCGCCGCGCAUCAUCUCAUCCUCUACGGCCCGCCGCCUUGAAGAGGCGUCGAGCAAGGCAGAACGGCGCGCGAGGACGGACGCAGAGCGCCAGCGUCGCCUGGGCGACGCGGACCGCGACUUUGCCGAGCGCAAGGCGAGAAUCGACCGUGAGAGGGAGAGGACCAUGAUUUUCGAGAGGAGGGUGCUUGAGGCGAGGGACAUGCUCGUCGCUGUGAAGGCGGGGGCGUCGAGGAGAGAUUCACCCGCCAGCGCGCCGGCAACGACAAUCGCAAGGGGCUUGACGCCGUUGGGGGCGCCUUCGCCCAGGCUGGGUAGGGCGACUCCGGAGGUCUAA